AUGCCAACAAGUAUGAUAGAAACCACUGUAUUGAAUACACAAUCGACGACUUCAUCGCCAUCCGGAUCCAGCCCAAAUUCAACAACAGAUUACCCUUCUCUAAACAUUGCUAUAGGAGUUGGGAUAGGGGUCGGUAUGGCAUUGGUUCUUUUGAUCGUUGCAUGUGUCCCUGUGGUUAAAUGGUGGAAACGACGCCGACAGGCUGCUCAUGGACAAUUUCAAUAUAAUCAUCAAACGCCAUCACAUCAGUCUCAAAAUCAAUAUCAGAAUCAAUUCCAGGUGUAUCAUCAGCCACCCCGGGAUAUACAAGCUCCCUACUUUUAUCCAGAGGCAGCUGGCGCCAAUCGAACUUCUACGAGUGGGUGUCCACCAGGCUUUCAUCUAGAAACGCCAGAUAGUACUUUUCAAACUCCAGUUAAUAGACUACCAAAUUCCUAUCCAGAGGACGCCGAUAGUGCUUAUCGAAAUCCUUCGAAUAGAUAUACCCCAAACUAUUUUCCAGAAGCAGUGGGAGUGAAUCAAAUGUCUACAAAUAGAUUUCCGCCAAACUAUUUUUCGGGGGCAAUUGGAGCGGAUCAGAAUUCUCCGAAUAGCCUUCCACCAAACUAUUCUCUGGAGGCAAUUGGAACGAAUCAGAAUUCUGCGAAUAGAGAUCCUUCCACUUUUUAUCCAGAGAGCGUCGAAAGAACCUAUCAAAGUCCUACCAAUAGACGUACAGCUGUAUUUGAAAUGAGUGAUAAGAGACAGACUGAUUCGUGGGUUAAAGAGAUGAUGAUAGCUAAUCAGGAAGAGCUAUGGAUGGAAUCGCCCAUACGAUAG